AUGCCAGAUACGGUGGACGGGGCGGAACUUCCUAAAUCUAAACGACCUUCAGAUUCAGCAUUUAAACAACAAAGACUCCCAGCGUGGCAACCCGUUCUGACCGCGGGCACGGUACUUCCGGCCUUUUUCCUGAUCGGAGUUCUCUUCAUUCCAAUCGGUGUACUGCUGUGGCUGUCAUCCAAUUCCAUCAAUGAAUUCGUGUACGAUUACACGCACUGCAAACCGGACGCUGGGAAUCAAAGCUGUGCGGAAAUCAUCAGCAACAGUCCAGGUUCCAGCUGUGCCUGCACCAUCAACUUCGAGCUGGAGAAGGAUUUCCUGGACAAGGUAUACCUGUACUACGGUUUGACGAAUUACUAUCAGAACCAUCGGCGCUACGUAAAGUCGCGCGAUGACGACCAACUACUCGGCCGUCUCUCACCGAUACCGUCGAGCGACUGUGCGCCGUUUGCGUAUGCGGACGAUGACGAACGGGUACCGAUUGCUCCCUGUGGUGCCAUCGCCAACUCGCUGUUUAGCGACAAGUUUGAGCUGUUCUCGCAGACGCUCGGCACCCCGGUGCCGCUACUGCAAACGGAAAUUGCAUGGCCCUCGGAUCGGCAGAUAAAAUUCCGCAAUCCCGAAGGCGAUCUAAAGGAAGCGCUGCGUGGUUUCAGCCGUCCGAAGGCCUGGACACGCGAACUUUGGGAGCUGGAUGAAACGAACAAGGACAAUAAUGGAUUCCAGAACGAGGAUCUAAUCGUUUGGAUGCGCACGGCGGCACUGCCCACGUUUAGGAAACUUCAUCGACGAAUCGAUCACUCGCAGGAACACUUCAAGGAAGGGCUGCUGAGAGGCAACUACACGCUUACCGUCAAGUACUCGUACUCGGUAAUUGAAUUCGACGGUACGAAGAAAUUUAUUCUGUCCACCACUUCGAUUCUCGGAGGCAAGAAUCCAUUCCUUGGCAUUGCCUACAUUGUUGUGGGAGGCGUUUGUUUGCUGCUCGGACUCGUGCUACUCAUCAUCCACCUGAAAUGCAGCAAAUCGUAA